AUGAAGAGGCUGCAGCUGAGCUUUGGCGACGAGCCGGAGGUGGACGGCGCCGUUAUCGCCCAGGAGGUGAUGCUGUUGCUCGCCGCGGCGGGUGGCGAGCCCAUGCACCAGCACCAGCGGCCGCGCGCGUUCGAGUGCAAGACGUGCAACCGCCAGUUCUCGUCGUUCCAGGCGCUCGGCGGCCACCGCGCCAGCCACAAGCGGCCGCGGGGCGGCGACCAGAGCGCGCCCGCACGGACGCCGCCGCCACCGAGGAGGCACGGGUGCGCGGUGUGCGGCGUGGAGUUCGCGCUCGGGCAGGCGCUGGGCGGGCACAUGAGGCGCCACCGAGCCGCGGGCGCCGACGAGGAGGAUGACGCCGCUCGCGUGCCGGUGAUCGCCGAGCGGGAGACCGGCGAGACGAGGGGGCUGAUGCUGCUGGGCUUUGACCUGAACGCUACACCCUCCGAUGGGACGGCGCAAGCUCUGGACCUGUGGGCAUGA